GUUUUCUCUAUCCUGCGUUCAUUCACUACGAUGCGCGCUUAGUUGCAGGAGGUUCUCCACAACCGGUCCCCUGUGCAAGCCUAAAACUUUCUAAUGAAAUCCCCAAUUACUUUUUGACAAACGUUGUUUUUUCUCUCGGGGUCAAGAGGGCUUUCGACGUAUUAAGACGCGUUUCUUUUGCAAAGAAAACUUCAGAAUAUGGAGCCCAGUUCCACAGAGGGAGGAGCUGAAGAGACGCUCCUUAAAAAUCAUCCACCAGGUCUUCCUCACAAAGUGAUACUCAAACAUGGCCAAGAGCUGGAGGAAGAGCAGGAGGAGUUGGCUGAGCACCAGCCUCUAGAGCAGGAAGACCUGAACUUUGAGAGAUGGAAGCGCAGGCCAUUACCCAAGAGGACGCUCCACCAGAAAAUAGACGACAUCAAGACGUACCUGUGGAAUGCAGAGACCAACGAAUUCAUGGGUCGCUCUGGGAAGAGCUGGAGUCUCAUCCUCCUCUUCUACGCUGCACUGUAUACAUUUCUGGCAGCCAUGUUUGGUGGCUGCAUGUUCUGCCUCAUGUGGUCCAUUAGUCCCUACCAUCCGACCUUCAAUGAUAGAGUGAUGCCACCAGGUAUGACGAUGGCCCCGCACCUAGAGGGUCACGAGAUCGCCUUCAACGCCUCUGAUCGCAAAUCCUGGAAGAAGUACGCGAGGUCUAUGGAUGAGUAUCUAAGACCGUAUAACGAUGGAGCUCAGGAGAGGAAGAAUAUCCGCUGCACACAGGACAGAUACUUCAUGCAGGACGACUUGGAGGAGAGCGCAGAGCGGAAAGCGUGUCAGUUUAAGAGGUCCUGGUUGGGGGAGUGCUCAGGGCUGCAGGACCCCCACUAUGGCUAUUCUCAGGGCAGGCCAUGCAUCCUCCUUCGGAUGAACCGGAUUCUUGGUUACCUACCUGGCCAGGGCAAAGCAGUGAAUGUGACUUGUGGAGUUAAGAAAGGACCUCCAGAAGCGUUGGGAGAAAUACAAUUUUUUCCUAAAAGCAUUUUUGAAAUGAAGUACUAUCCAUACUAUGGGAAGCUCAGACAUACCAACUACUCUGCACCGGUGAUGGCCGUGCGUUUUGCUGGAGUGCAGUACGACUCUCACAUCGUGGUGCAAUGCAAACUGAAUGGAAAGGGCAUCAUCAAUGAUUCACCUACUGACCGCUACCUGGGUAGUGUGUCCUUCUCCUUGGAUGUCGGAGCGUAAGGCAAAAUAAAUCGCUGCCAGCAGGAUGCUCCUGUGACAAUGAGGCAGGAAAAUGUACAAGAAAAAAAAGAUUAUUUUGAACCAUUAUUUUCCAUGAAAUAUGUAAUUUCCCUAUUUCACUUAAAUAUCUUCUGCUGUGAAAUUUCUCAAGAAGUAGAUAUUUGCUCUUGUGUUUCUGUUGUAUCUUUGUACCUUGAGCACCUGCACCAACACAAACAGUGAUGAGCACAAGACAAGAGCAUAGAGUGAGUUACAAUUCCUGAUAUUUUGUAAUGAUUAGCAAGAUUAAUCAAACUAAAUGACACUCUGCCCAUUAGUUAGCAUUUCUGGCUAUGCAAAUCCAAUUAUGACUUAAAACACUACUAGGUGAUUAGACAUGUUGUUGUAUCAGGUUAGAUGAUCGUUUGUGCACAGUUUUCUGUGACAAAGUGUACUAAUUUGUUUUGAAUUAUAUUUUUCAAACUUGUAUAUUGUAAGAAUUCCUAUCAUGAAAACACUGAAAGCAGGACUUGUGCUGUACUUACACAGUAAAAACAAUACAUAAUAAAUGACUGCCAAUACACUAUUACUAUAUUUUUGUUGAAUAGAGAAUUAUUACAUAUAUUAUUUACAUUUAUGAUAAACCAUCACAUGCCACUUCUUGUCUUCUUUUGUAAAAACUUUUGAGAAUGAAAUACUACACAAGACUGAUCAAUAAAGAGACAUACUGUACUGUGAAAUAGUUUGUGAGAGGUCUACCAUUUGAAAAUAACUAUUUUGUGAUAGCAUUAAUCCUGUCUGAACUGUGCUACUAAACAUGGUAUCAAUGUUGUAUUUAUUCUUAUUAUAGUUCUUAUAAUAAAUACAAUGUUCUGGUA